ACAAAUUAUGGAACCAAAUAGUUCAAAUAUGGGAAGACAUAGGCAUCGAUGUAAUUACAAAUUUGUACCAGCAAGAAUUGCAGCCAUAAUAGAGUCUAAAGAGUUUCAUCUGCAUCUUUGUGCUUCUGAUAACAAUAAUAGACUAGGAUCUAAAGGAG